AUGGGUAAGCUCAGAAUUCCUAACCAAACAAUGUGGUCAGAUUUGCCUGAACAUUUGAAGGAAAGAAUACUGGAAUGCCUUCCAGUGCACUGCUUCUUCCGUUUCAGGGCUGUUUGCAAGACCUGGAAUGGUCUCUUCUCAUCACCAUAUUUCAAUUCCAUAGCAAGAAAUAGCCAGCCAUUUCUCAUUCUUUGCCCUGCCAAAACCCAACUUCCCUCUCUAAUCUAUACCUUCAUCACCCACACAUGGCGAACAAUUUCUUUAUCUUUCAUACCUCAUGAUCGCCCCAUCAAUUUCAGAGGAUCUGCUUCUGGGCUGCUCUUGGCAGACAUUAACGCCAAUUUCUUGUUUGGCUAUAGUUCUCCGACGCUGUGUGUUUGCAAUCCCCUUACCCAAACUUACUCGACGCUGCCAGAAAUGGUUUCUGUUAGUAAAAUUAUGGCUAGGACCAUUUUACCAGCGGGGAAUAAGACGGAAGAAUAUACAGUCAUGGUGGUGGGCAUGAGCAGCACUGGUACAGUUGUAGUAGAAGCAUAUAAUUCGACUACCAAGGCAUGGAAAGUUGUAGGCAGCAUUACUGAUGUGGUUUUAAAGACUGAAAAUAUGUUCUUCUUCAAGGGCUAUUUGUUGGGUAUGACGGGCAGUGGGGGCAUAAUGGCCUACAAUAUUGAAGAGGGGAUCACUUCUGUCAUGGCUAUGCCCACAGCAGACGCCAACAAUUUGCGGGCUCGGCUUGUUUGUUGUAAGAGUGGUGUGUUUGUGGUUGGAGCAAUCGAAGAAAAUCAGUGUUUGAAAGGCUUAAUUGUGUGGGAGUUAGUUUUCCAGAAGACAGGGAAGGAUGAUUAUAAGUGGAAAGAGAUUGGGAAAAUGCCGAGUUGUGUGUGUGAGGAAUUUAAGAGAAGUUCGAAUUCAAAUUGGUUUGAAUGCGUGGGAGUGGGAGAUAAAAUCUGUUUCAGAGCCAACGAAAGCAUGGAGAUACUUGUGUAUGAUGUGAGCACAAGCUCUUGGAAUUGGUUGCCCAAGUUUCCUGCGGAUUUGAGAUAUGUGAGUAUGAGAUGCCUUCCGCUGGAAAUUAUGCCUACUACUAGAUUCUCUUAAUUUUGGUUUUGU